AUGGGGCAAGCCGCUGUGGCCAGCAAGGCAAGUCGGAGCCAGGCUUCCAAAGAGAGCUACUGGCCGACGUUGCUCGGGUCCUCUUGCCAACCUGAGGGCUUCAGCUGUGCCAGCCAACCGUCGUCCUGCAGCUGCAAGGAAACGGACGGCUUUGCAAGCAUCUUCGGCAAGUUGUCCAGACCAUGGUCCUCCCGUGUGGACUCCGAAGAGUCCAGUGGCGAGGAGGAGACGGACAGUCUCGAAUGGAAGCCCCCUGUUAUGGGCUCCGACGGCUCCCGUUAUACCGGUCAGUGGAAAGGUGGCCACUGGCACGGGGAAGGGCAGCUCGAGCGCGCAGAUGGCAGCGUCUAUGAAGGCGGCUUCAAAGAUGGCAAGCCUCACGGGCAAGGACGCCUGCAGGCACCCGACGGGAGUGUCUACGAGGGCCAGUGGCGCCAGGGACGUGCCCACGGGGAAGGGCAGUACAUUAAAACGGGUGGAGCUGGGAACUACGAGGGCCAGUGGCUGGAGGACAAGAGGUCUGGCAAGGGAAGCGAGCAGUGGGCCGACGGAUGCCGGUACCGUGGCUCCUACUGGAACGGUGUGAAGCACGGCCGGGGUUUCUACCAGACUCCCGAGGGCGCAUCCUACAGUGGCGAUUUCCACACUGACCAGAUGCACGGCGAGGGCACCUAUCAGUUUGCGGACGGGCGUGUCUACUCGGGAAGCUUCCGCUGUGGGCACAUGACGGGCUACGGGCGUAUGUCCUGGCCAAGCGGUGCCGCCUACGAGGGCCAAUACAUGAGGGACGAGAAGCACGGCGCGGGGGUUUACACCUGGCCUGAUGGCCGCGUCUACGAGGGCCAGUGGCAGGCGAACCUUCGGCAUGGCCGCGGAGUACUUUACUAUGUCGACGGCAGCUCGCUUAGUGGCACGUGGUGUCAUGGGGAGCCGCCGCGGUGA